UCCAUCACUCAUACAAUAAUUAUUAAUCCCAAUUUUUGAUCCACAAAUUUUUGAAUUUCUUGAGAGAGAAACUACAACUCCUCAAAUUCUUACAUGAAAUGGAAACCCUAGAAGUGUCCAAGGAGAUUGCAAUGAUGAAGGGAGAGCAAGAUGGAUGCACGGGUGAUGGCUCGAUUGAUUUCCAUGGUCAACCCGCGAUUCGAAAACAAAGUGGCACAUGGGCCGCCGGAAUUGUCAUACUCCUAAAUCAAGGCCUAGCAACAUUGGCGUUCUUCGGCGUCGGCGUCAACUUGGUAAUAUUCCUAACGAGGGUUCUUCAACAAGACAAUGCCGACGCCGCCAAUAGUGUCAGCAAAUGGACGGGAACCGUCUACAUAUUCUCGUUGGUCGGAGCUUUCCUAAGCGACUCGUAUUGGGGGCGAUACAAAACUUGCGCCAUCUUUCAAGUCAUUUUUGUUGCGGGCCUCGUAUUGCUCUCGUUGACGACGCAAAUGUUCUUGCUCAAGCCUAGAGGUUGUGGCAACGAAACGACUACUUGUCGAUCCCAUUCGAGCUGGGAGAUCGGUUUAUUCUACAUUUCUAUAUACAUGGUCGCGCUCGGGAAUGGCGGGUAUCAACCGAAUAUCGCGACAUUCGGGGCUGAUCAAUUCGACGAGGAGGAUUCGAAAGAAGGCUACUCGAAAGUCGCCUUCUUUAGCUACUUCUACUUAGCUCUAAAUCUCGGCCAACUCUUCUCGAACACCAUUUUGGGCUACUUCGAAGACGAAGGGCUUUGGGCACUCGGGUUUUGGGCAUCGACGGCGUCGGCAUUCCUCGCUCUCGUCUUGUUUCUCGCAAGAACUAAAAGGUAUAGACACUUCAAGCCUAGCGGCAAUCCCUUGUCGAGAUUUUGCCAAGUGAUCGUCGCGGCAAUGAGAAAAUGGAGGGUCGAGAUCACUCCCGGCGACGAGAAUCUAUACGUCGAGGAGACGAUGGGCAAAGCCAACGGUGGCGCUCGGAAAAUGCUCCACACGCAAGGUUUUAGGUUUUUGGACCGAGCGGCUCUCCGCACGGAGCGAGAUUCGAGCGUCGACGCGAAGCGCAACGUGUGGAGCCUUUGUCCAAUCUCUCAAGUCGAAGAGGUCAAGUGCGUGUUGCGGUUGCUCCCGAUAUGGCUAUGCACGAUAAUCUACUCGGUUGUGUUCACGCAAAUGGCGUCGCUCUUUGUCGAGCAAGGCGACGCGAUGAACAACGAGAUUUCGAACUUCCGAAUCCCGGCGGCGAGCAUGUCGAGCUUCGACAUCCUCAGCGUUGCGGCCUUCAUAUUCUUGUACCGAAGCGUGCUCGACCCACUUACUCGAAGGCUUCGGAAGAACAAAUCGAAAGGGCUAACCGAGCUUCCACGAAUGGGGAUCGGGCUCGUCAUCGCGAUACUUGCGAUGAUCGCGGCGGGAACGGUCGAGCUCUACCGGAUCAAAUAUGCGCGAAAAGACUGCAAACAUUGCCAAGGAUCGAGCUCGCUGAGCAUAUUCUGGCAAGUUCCGCAGUACGCGCUGAUCGGCGCGUCCGAAGUGUUCAUGUACGUCGGUCAGCUCGAGUUCUUCAACGCGCAGGUCCCCGACGGGUUGAAGAGCUUCGGAAGCGCGCUGUGCAUGACGUCGAUUUCGCUCGGGAACUACGUUAGUAGUUUGUUGGUGUCGAUCGUGAUGAAAAUAUCGGCGACGGACAACAUGCCGGGUUGGAUCCCGGGAAACCUCAACAAAGGCCAUCUCGACAGAUUUUAUUUCCUGUUAGCCGGGCUUACAGCGGUCGAUCUUAUCGUCUACGUCGCAUGCGCCAAGUGGUACAAAAGCAUGAAAAUUUCCGGGAAAUCCGGAGUACAGAACGGCGACGACGGAGACGAAGAUGUUAAGGAGAAGGAUUAUUGUUGAGUGUAAAGGGAAAAUUUAAAUUUGGAGUUGGAUUUGAAUAAGAGGAAGACGUUCGAAUGGAUUCGAAGAAAAUGCAUAAAAAUCGAAGGAGCCGUAAAAAUAGACAGACAAAACACAAUGAGUGAGAGGUUAAUUUGUGAGAACUUUAAGGACUAUUGUUGUUACUAUUGCCUUUUUCACUCUGAGGUUGUAAAGAUCUUUCCACUUGGUAUGUUUUAUUAUGUGAAAAAUGAAAGAUCUUUCUUUGUA